AUGGAGCAGCAGCAGGCUGGGGUGGAUGAGAUGAAUCAGGAGUUGGACAGUGCAGUCAUUAAUGCAGAAAAGGAAGAGCGUCGCCUUCUUGAGAAAGUUGAGCGGCACCACAGAAAAGCCCAACAGCUCCUAAGCCAGGUGAGGAGGGAGAACACUGCUGCAAUGAGAGUUGUUCAAUCUCUCGUCGAUCAACAACUUCAAAAAAUGGCUCGACUGAAGGAGCAGCUAAAAAGAUGGGGCAGCUCAGCUGGGGGUGCCGAGAAGCUCCAACAGCUACAAGAAGGGGUGGAGGAGGUCACGAAACCUUGGGAAAUCUGUCUUACACUGAAAAGAGUCAGCUACACACCAAACAGCCAGUCUCAAAUGUUAAGCUUAGGUGAGGUAGAAGUUCAUGAGCAAGCCAAGUUCUCUGGGAAGUUAUGCUCUACCAGCCCUGCAAACAAAAGUGACUGUGGAGCCAUCAGGAAAGUCAACAGAAUGCGACUGGCAUCCAAACAUUCAUCUCUUGAACAAAGCCAUAGACUUAGCACUGAGCCGGAACCAGACAGGAAGGCUACCAGAGCAGCCAUUGUAGGUGAGGAUUCACAGCGAUACAAAAAUGAAAAGAAAGAGAAAGAUGCUGCAUCUUUUAGAGAGCUGGUUGAAGAAAGAGGUUCAACCUUGCUUGACUCAGCCUAUCUGGUUAAACAGUUUGGAAAACAAGGAUCAGGUCGUACUGAUUUUAAUUUGCCAAGCGGUCUACAUGCAACUGUUAACGGGCAGCUGUUUGUGGUGGAUUGUGGAAAUGCACGUAUACAGGUGACUGAUGCCCAGAAGAACUUUGUGCAGCAGGUUUCUCCUUCAGGAACAGAGAGAUCGUCUCGUAUCUGCAACUACUUUGACGUCGCUGUCAACUCAAAAGGCCUCAUUGCCUUGACCUGCGCUGCCGAACGAGCUGUGUUGGUGUUUAGCCGCCACGGACGUCUGCUGCAAACAUUUGGAGGCAUGAUGAGUGGUUCCAACAAUGAAGAGUUGGAUGCUCCCAGAGGGGUGACUCUGAUCCGUCAAGAUGAGUUCUUGGUCGCUGACAUAAAACGCGGUACUCUAACUGCACUGAAGCUGGACCCCAAAACCGGGGCCAGGUUAGAGCGCACUGUUGUGACUGGUUACCACCGGCCAUACAUGGUGGCAGCCUGUCUUACAACUGGCCUCAUGGCAGUGUCAGAAAGAGGCAAUGAGACUGGCCGUGUGGCAUGUAUUCGAGUCCUGGAACCUGGAUGGACCACAAUCCGGAUCCUCGGAGUCUGCUCUGGCCUUGGGCCUGUCCUUUCCUGCCCUUGGGGUCUUUGUAUCGAUAGCGACGGGAAUGUUCUAGUGGCAGACUGGGGCAAGCAGAACCACCGUGUUCUUCUAUACACGUCUACGGGUGUCGGCUGGCCGGUGGUGACUGAACAUCUGAACAACCCAAGAGGUCUAGCGCUGCUACCCGAUGGCCACAUGGUCAUUUCGGACAGCAUGAAUCAUUCCAUCAAAAUCUACCGCUACAAAUUAAAUUGA